AUGACGACUCCACCCUCCACCGCGCCUGCGCCCACCACCGCCGCCGACCACAAUGGCCGCACAAUGCCGAAGAGCGUAGCCGUCUAUUUCUCCCGUCUGCCGCCAUCUUCCAUCAAUAGUUUCUGCGGCGCUAUGGCCGGCGUAGCUUCUGGCAUUGUAACCUGCCCGCUCGACGUCAUUAAGACGAAACUGCAAGCACAGGGGGCCUUCCGCCGCCCUAACAACGGCGCAAAGCUCUCGCCCUCUAAAGCACUAUACCACGGCCUGUUCGGGACAGCGAGAGUGAUUUGGCGCGAGGAUGGCGUGCGUGGCAUGUAUCGAGGUCUCGGCCCCAUGCUGCUCGGAUACCUCCCAACAUGGGCGGUGUACAUGAGUGUGUACGAAGGGUCCAAAGACCUCUACUACAACAACAUAGACAACAAGUGGCUCGCCCGCGUCUGCGCGUCCAUCACGGCCGGCGCCUGCUCCACCAUAACAACAAACCCCAUCUGGGUCAUCAAGACCCGCCUCAUGUCGCAGGUCAGCUCACGCGCUUCUGAAGACGCGCGGCCCCCCUGGCACUACAAAGGGACUCUGGAUGCCGCCCGCAAGAUGUACCGUACUGAGGGGAUUCUGGCUUUCUACUCUGGUCUGGGCCCGGCUUUGCUUGGAUUGACACACGUUGCGAUCCAAUUUCCUCUCUACGAAUACUUCAAGACGCAGUUCACAGGACUGGAGAUGGGCCAGAACAUGGCCGGGGAAAGCGACACGCACACUAUUGGCAUCCUGGCGGCCACUUUCCUCAGUAAGAUUUGUGCGACGUCUGCAACAUACCCACACGAGGUUCUCAGAACGCGCCUGCAAACACAGCAGCGCACUCUACCAUCACACUCGCACGAGGACAUUUCUUUCAGGGGCGCACUGGAUGCGCGGAAUGCCAAGAGACAUCCGCAAGGUGCUGCAUCCUCCGAUGGCAUGGUCAACUUGCCCCGGUACCGCGGCCUGAUAAGGACAUGCAAAACAAUUCUUCGGGAAGAAGGUUGGCAGGCGUUUUACAACGGUAUGGGAACGAACAUGGUUCGUGCUGUCCCAGCAGCAAUGACUACAAUGUUGACGUUCGAGAUGUUGAAGAAAGCGUGCUAUGAGGUGCAGAAAGCAGGGUCGGCGUCGUUAGACGAGGAUUGA